AUGGCGGCUGUUGCACCGCGUCUUUUAAAACCACCAACAAUUCGACAAAUACCCGAUGAUCCUACACGUCUCUUUCUUGAAUGUCAAAUCCAAGGUACACCUAAGCCUGAUAUAACAUGGUUUCAAAAUGAUACUAAAAAUUUAACAACAUCAACUAAACAUAAACAAACAAUUAAACUUUCAACAGGAAAUAAUUAUGACGUAACACUCGAGAUUACUAAUCUUACUGCGACAGAUUCUGGGACAUAUAAAAUUAUUGUUAAAAAUAAAGCUGGUGAAAUUACAGCUAAUGUUAAUUUAAAUCUUUCAACAGAUGAUCAAACUGAAUCAACAGCUGGUGUCAAUAGUUCAAUUAAUGGUACAACACCAGUAUUUACUCAAAAACCAAUUAUAAAACAAGAUAAUGGUGGAAAACGUUUAAUAUUUGAAUGUAAAAUAUCAGCUGAACCGAAACCAGAUAUAGUUUGGUCACGUGAUGAUAUUCUAAUAGAAGAUUCUGGUCGUUAUCUUAUUUAUUGUGAUACUUUACCAAAUAAUUCGUAUCUUGCAUGUCUUGAAAUCGAUGAUGUUAAUACAUCAGAUGCUGGCAAAUAUAAAGUUUCAGCGAAAAAUAAUUUAGGAGAAACCAAUGCUAAUAUUGUUUUAAAUCUUGAUCAAGAACAAAAUGUUACUGGUAAACCCAUAUUCAAUCAAACACCACAAAUUCGUAUGUUUGAAGAAUCAGUAUUAUUAGAAUGUCGUUGUACAGCUGAUCCAAUACCGAGUUUUAUAUGGACAUUUGAUGGAAAACCUAUAACGAUUGGAACAAAAUAUAAGCAAGGAAUGUUAACAGAAGGAACUACACAUACAAUAUUUCUUGAAGUAUCUCAAAUCACAAAAAAUGAUUCGGGAAUAUAUAAAGUCACAGCAACAAAUGCGAAAGGUGAUGGACAAGCAAAUAUUGAAUUAAAUAUUGGAGAAAUUAAUUUCAAAUUACCCGAUGGUGUUGCACCCUCAUUUCUUGGUAAACCAAUGAUCAAACAAACUAAUAAAAAUGCAACUAUUCAAAUCGAUAUUACUGCUGAUCCUAAUCCAUCAUUACAUUGGAGUAAAGAUGGAAAAGAAUUAUCAAAUGUUACACGUAUUGAAAAAAAAGGCGAAAAUAAAUAUACAAUUUUUCUUGAUAUUAAGAAUUUAACUUCAUCGGAUAGUGGUAUUUAUAAAUGUACAUUAUCGAAUGAAAUUGGUACAGCUGUUGCUAAUAUUGUUCUUAAAGUUGCUGGUGAUAAAGCGAAUUUAGAACAAUUAGAUCGAAUAGCUCCAGCAUUUGAAAAACCAAAAAUUACAAAAGAUUUAAAACAAAAAACAAUUAAAAUUGAAUGUCGUUGUAAAGGAAAAUUAGAACCGAAAAUCAUAUGGAAAAAAGAUAAAAUUGAAAUAAAAGAUAAAUUAAAUAAAUAUAAAAUUAGUAAAACAAAAGGAACAGAUGAUACAUACACAUUUACUCUUGAGAUUCUUAAUGCGACUUCAACUGAUAAUGGUGUUUAUAAAAUCUUAGCAAAAAAUGAUGCUGGUGAUUCUCAAGCAUUAAUUAAUUUAAUGAUCGAUACUGAGGCAGCACCACCAAAGGAUGAAGAAGCAAAGAAAAAAGCUCAAGAUAAUGCAAUACCAACAAUAUCAACUCCAACUGAGAAUAAUUCCGAUGAAAAUGAUCGUCGUGUACCUAAAAUUCAAACUGAAGAAUCAUUAUAUGAAGAAGCAGGACCACGUCGUGCUAAAACAACUGAUCGACCUAAACGUCCUUCAGCAUCGAAUCUUAAUGUUAUCAGUGAAAAUCCACCAACUCUUCAAAUACGUACCGAUCAACCAGAAGAGACGGGUAUUAAUGAUGAUUCACCUGGUUCUCGUCGUUCAAGUGCAAUAGAAGAACGACGACCAUCACUUCGUCAUGUUGAUCAAGAAAAUUUACUUAAAGUUAGACGAGAUUCAAAAACUAAACGACCAUCAUUAGCUGAAGUUGUACCUGGUUGGCCAGCUUUAAAUAAAGUUAAACGACCAGAAAAGGAAAAAGAAUCAUUUGUCGAACCAUUACGUGACAUAAAAUGUAAAGAAGAAGAUGGUGAAAUAACUUUUCAAUGUACGUUUUGUAAACCAAGUACACGAAUACGAUGGCUUAAGAAUAAAGUCGAAAUUUUUCAUGGUUUAAAAUAUCAUUUUGAUUCAAGUGGAGCUAAACAAAAAUUAACUAUUUAUAAAUUACAUCCAGAUGAUUCAGGAAAAUAUUUCUGUCGUGUUAAUGAUAUUGAAACAUCUGCAUGGCUUGAAGUACAACCUGCUAAACCAUUGUAUGAUUUUUAUAAAGAAUUACCACCUAGAAUGGAAGUAUUUCGAACAAAACCAACUAUACUUGAAUGUCAUGUUAAUGAUCCAGAUGCACCUGUUAAAUGGUAUAAAGAUGGAGUUCUUAUUGAGCUUGAAAAAGAUAAACGUAUGAAAUAUCAUCAAGAUAUGACACGAUGUAUUUUUCGAAUUAUGAAAACAACAAAAGCAGAUGAAGGUGAAUAUACUUGUCAAAUUGAUGAUGAUCGUGGUAUUAAAACGACUGGUUAUCUCUAUGUGGAAGAACCACAAUGGCGUUUUGAAACAAAAUUACCUGGAACAUUAGAAGCUGAUGAAAAAGAUAAAAUUGAACUUGAAUGUAGUGUUCAAGAUGAAGAUGCUGAAUGUGAUUGGUAUUUUGCUGGUGAAAAAAUUCUUCCGGAAUUAUAUCCUGAUAAAUAUGAAAUAAUAUCCUAUGGAAAAGUUCGUAAAUUAAUUAUUCGUAAUUUACAUGCAAUUAAUGAUAAAGGAAAAUAUGAAUGUCGAACUGGUGUUAUGACAACAUCCUGUGAUGUAUCUGUUCGACCUGCACUUCGUAUUGAAAAAGGUUUAAAAGAUAUUGAUGCAAUUGAAGGUGAUGAAAUUACAUUAGAAGUUGUAUUAUCGAAAUCAGAUACAAGAGGAAAAUGGUUAAGAGAUGGAAAAAUUCUAUAUCCAGAUCAAAAUAUGGCUAUUCUUAACGAAGGAAAUAAAUUUAGAUUAAAAUUUAAAAAUUUAGAUUUAAAAGAUGCAGGAGAUAUUUCAUUUCAAUGUGGUGAUCUAAAGGACAGUUGUAAGAUCACUGUAAAAGAAACUGAAAAACCACCACGAAUUGAUGCAAGUCGAUUUGCAAAAUCAGUGACUGUUAAAGCCGGUCGACCACUUGAUCUUGAAAUUCCAUAUGAUGCUUAUCCUUCACCAACUAUGAUUUGGACAAAAGAUGGAAAAAUAAUUUCACCAGAAGAUUACUCAUUAUGUCAAACAUCAAUCGAACCAAAAAAAUGCAAAUUAAAUAUUGAAAAAUCAAAACGAACGGAUACAGGCAAAUAUGAAUUAACAUUAAGAAAUACUAAAGGGGAAAUUAAAAUACCCAUUGAUGUUACUGUUCUUGAUCGUCCUGGUAAACCAGAAGGUCCAAUGAAAGUUAGUGACAUGACAAAAGAAACAUGUUUAGUUUCUUGGAAACCUCCAUUGGAUAAUGGUGGAUGUUCAAUUGAAAGAUAUAUUGUUGAAAAACAAGAUGUUGGACGUGGUGGUUGGACGCCAGCUGGUGAAGUUAAUGGUGACAAUACAUCAUUACGUGUAACAAAAUUAAUAUCGGGAAAAGAAUAUUUAUUUCGUGUACGUGCUAUUAAUAAAGAAGGUGAAAGUGAUCCAUUAGAAACUAGUGGAGCAACAUUAGCAAAAAAUCCAUUUGAUGAACCAAGUGCACCUGGUAAACCAGAAAUAUCGGAUUGGGAUAGAGAUCAUGUUGAUCUUGAAUGGGAAACACCGAAAAAUGACGGUGGCGCACCAAUUGAAAAAUAUAUUAUUGAACGAAGAGAAAAAGGACGUGAUCAAUGGCAAAAGGGAGCUGAAAUUGAUGCUGUACGAAAUAAAGGUGCUUGUGGUGGUUUAUCUGAAGGCAAAGAAUAUGAAUUUCGUAUUAUUGCUAUGAAUAAAGCUGGUUCAUCAGAACCUAGUGAACCAUCAAAUAUUGUUCUUGCUAAAUCACGUUUCUUAAAACCACGUAUCAACAAAGUUAGUUUAAAAUCUGUUACUGUGAAACAAGGUCAACCAGUUACCUUAGAAGCUCCAUAUGCUGCUGAACCAAUUCCAACCAUGACUUGGCUACAUGAAACAACUGAACUUAUAUCUGAUGAUCGUAUACAAAUGACACAAACUGAUAAAAUAGCUAAAUUAAAUAUUAUUAAAUCAGUUCGAUCUGAUACAGGUCGAUAUAUAAUUCGUUUAGUUAAUAGUUCAGGAACAGACACAGCUGAAUGUGAUGUUAUCGUUCUUGGUCCACCAUCAAUGCCACGUGGACCAUUAGCAAUAAAAGAAGUUACAAAAUCAAGUGUAACACUUUCAUGGCUACCACCAACAGACACUGGUGGAAAAGAAAUUACAAAUUAUGUUAUUGAAAAACGAGAUAAAAAAACGGGUGAUUGGGUACGUUGUAAUGAUCCUAUUAAUGGUACACAAGUAACAAUAUCAAAAUUAAAAGAAGGACAUGAAUAUGAAUUCCGUGUUAUGGCUGAAAAUGCGAAUGGUCUUUCAGAACCAUUAAUAACUGAAAAUGCUAUUCUUGUUAAAAAUCCAUUUACUGAACCUGGUCAAACAAGUGUACCGGAAUGUGUUACACGUGAUCGUAAUCGUAUUGAAAUUAAAUGGAAUCCACCGAGAAAUGAUGGUGGUAAUCCAGUGAAAGGUUAUAUUAUCGAACGACGAGAGAAAGGAACGAAGAAAAGAGAAUGGACAAAAAUAAAUCGUAACGAUUAUCAUAAAGGAACGAAUUUUGUCGAUGAAAAUGUAACAGCUAAUAAAGAAUAUGAAUAUCGUGUAUCAGCUGUGAAUGAUGCUGGUCCAGGUGAACCAAGUGAUGCGUCACAUGGUAUUUUUGCUAAACCAGAAAAAGAAAAACCUUCAUUCGAUCUUAGUGCAUUAACUGGUGGACUUGGUAGAAAAGAAAUUCAUGUCAAAGCUGGCGAACCAUUAACAAUUGAUUUGCCUAUUGAUGGAUCACCAACUCCAACAAUUACAUGGAUAAAAGAUGGUGAACUUGUACAAGCUACACGAGAUACUCAACUUGAACAUGAUGAUACUCAUGCUAAAUUACAUAAACCAAUAUCAAAACGUUCGGAUACAGGAAAAUAUAAGAUUCAAUUAAAAAAUGAUUCGGGUGAAGAUGAAUGUGAUAUUAAUGUUAUUGUAUUAGAUAGACCAGGAAUACCUGAAGGUCCAUUAGAAGCAACAGAAACAACAAAAGAUACGGUUUCACUUCAAUGGAAAGUACCCAAAGAUAAUGGUAAUGGAGACAUUACAGGUUAUAUCAUUGAAAAAUGUCCAGAAAAUUCUGAUCGAUGGGAAAAAGUCUCAGGUGUAUUUACAAAACCACAAGGGACUGUUAAAGAUUUAGAAACAAAUAAAAAAUAUAAAUUUCGAGUUAAAGCUGAAAAUAUCUAUGGCAUCAGUGAACCAUUAGAAACAACAUCAACAAUAAUUGUUAAACCACCUUAUGAUCCACCAGAUGCGCCUGAUACACCUGAAAUUACAGAAUAUAAUUCAACAUAUAUAAAACUUAAAUGGGAUAGACCGAAAAAUGAUGGUGGAAAUCCAAUAACUGGUUAUAAUAUUGAAAUGCGUGAAAAGGGUGGUAAAAAUUGGAAAUCAUGUAAUAUUGUUCCAACUAAAGCAACACAAUAUACUGCAUCGGGUUUACGUGAAGGUCAAACAUAUGAAUUUCGAGUAGCUGCUGUAAAUGAUGCUGGAGCAGGAAUACCAUCAAAAUCUACAAAAGCACAAAAAGCUGAAGUACCUAUAUUUCCAGCUGAUGCACCUGAUCAACCUAAAGUUGAUAAAAUUACCAAAGAUUCAGUUACACUUUCAUGGAAAAAACCAUUCAAUGAUGGUGGAAGUAAAAUUACUGGUUAUAUCAUUGAAAAACGAACAGCAGAUAGUCAAGACUGGAGUGAAGUCAUUGAAUUACUAGUUCGUGAUUCUUCAUAUACAAUACCUAAUUUAAAUGAAGGUAGUAAAGUAUCAUUUCGUAUUCGUGCUAUUAAUGGUGUUGGUCCAAGUGAACCAAGUCGAUCAACAGAUACAAUUACUAUUGAAGAUCAACCAGAAAAACCAUCAUUUCUUGAUUUACAUGGUAUUAAAGAUAUAACAAUUAAAGCUGGUAAAGAUUUCGAAGUGCAUAUUCCUUAUAAAGCUAUACCAAAAGCACAAGCACAAUGGUUUAUUGAUGAUAAAGAUCUCGUUGCUGAUGAUCGUGUUGAUAUUAAAACAUUAGAUAAUGUAAUUACAUUACUUAAUCGUAAAGCUGAACGAAAUGAUGCUGGUUUUUAUAAAUUAGUAUUAAAAAAUAGUGAAGGUACAAAUCAAAUUCAAUUUCGUGUGACUGUUCUAUCUCCACCAACAAAACCAGAAGGUCCAUUAGAAGCAACAAAUAUAACUGCUGAAGGAUGUACAUUAAGCUGGAAACCAUCGAAAAAUGAUGGUGGUAGUGAUAUAAAACAUUAUAUUGUUGAACGACGUGAACCUGGAACAGAUAAAUGGAUAAAAGUCGGUCCACCUGUAUCAGGCACAACAUAUGAUGUUAAAGGUUUAGAUGAAGGAAAAAAUUAUGAAUUUCGUGUUAGUGCAGAAAAUGAGAAUGGUCUCUCGGAACCUUUAAUUAUUGAUGCAGCAAUUAAAGCUAAGUGGCCAUUUAAACCACCUGAAGCGCCUGGUAAACCUGAAUGUAUUGCACAUACAAGUGAUUCAAUUACAUUACAAUGGACAAAACCAGAGAAUGAUGGAGGAAAUCCUGUACGAGGUUAUAUGAUUGAAAAGAAAGAAAAAGGAACUAACAGAUGGAUUCCUGUUAAUCGAGAACCAAUUUCAGGUAUUGAAUACACAGUUCCAGGUCUUACUAAUGGUAAAGAAUAUGAAUUUCGUAUUGCUGCUACGAAUAAAGCUGGUCCAGGAGAUUAUGCUCAAACCGAUGGUUCUAUUCAAGCUCGUCCACCUGAUGUUGCUCCACAUGCUGUUGGUUUUAGUGCAUUUAGUCCAAAAGAAAUCAUUGUUCAUGCAGGUGAAGAUCUAAGAAUUCCAGUUCCAUUUAUUGGUUCACCUGCACCACAAGUUAUAUUUGCAAAAGAUGGUGAAGAGAUAAAAGCAGAUGAUAAUACACAAAUAACAAUUAAAGAUGGUAUUGCUGAACUUAUUAUACCAAAAGUUAAAGGUGGCAGUAGUGGAUUAUAUUCAUGUACUUUAAAAAAUCAUCUUGGACAAGAUACCGUACAAAUGAAAGUUAUUGUUGUUGAUAAACCAGAUACACCCGAAGGUCCAUUAGAAAUUAAUGAUAUAAAACCAGAUUCAUGUGUAUUAACAUGGAAACCACCAAAAAAUGAUGGUGGUUCACCCAUAAGUAGUUAUAUAAUUGAAAAAUUUGAUACGAAAAAAGGUGAAUGGCAAAAAGUAUCAAGUUUUUGUCGUGUACCCUUCUAUGAAGUAACUGGACUUAAAGAAGGUUCAGAAUAUAAAUUUCGUGUUUCAGCUGAAAAUCUUUAUGGGCAAAGUAUACCACUGGAAUGUGAAAAAUCAAUUAUUGCAAAAAAUCCCUAUAAUGCACCACAAGGUCCAUCGAAUAUUGAAAUUGGUAAACAAACCGAAAAUUCAGUUACAUUAAAAUGGAAUAAACCAAAAAAUGAUGGUGGCUCAAAAGUAAUUGCUUAUCAAGUUGAAAUACGUAAACCCGAUAGUGAUAUAUGGGAAAUGGCAAAUGAUUUUCCAAUUAAAGGAAAUGAUUUUACAGUUGAUAAUCUUCAAACAGGAAAACCAUAUGAAUUUCGUGUUAAAGCAAAAAAUGCUGCUGGUUGGGGAGAAUAUACUAAACUCGAUCGACCAGUUACACUUAAACCUGAUAGUGUUGCACCUUCAUCACCCGGUAUGCCGGAAGUAAAAAAAGUUGGUAAAAAUCAUAUAGAAUUAGCUUGGACAUCACCAACAGAUGAUGGUGGUGCAAAAAUUACGGGUUAUAUUAUUGAAAAAAAACCUAUUGGAAGUGAUCAAUGGGUUAAAGCCUUACCUUAUAUGUCAGUUGAUAAUAAUGCUACAAUAACUGAUUUGCCAGAAAAUGGCGAAGUUGAAUUUCGUGUUAAAGCAGUUAAUAAAGCUGGUGAAAGUGAACCAAGUUCAACAACUGGUCGAGUUAAAAUAACUGAAUAUCCAAAUGGACGAGUACCUACAUUUGUUAAAAAAAUAACUGAUACAAAUGCAUCUAUGAAUAGUGAAGCUAUAUUUACAAUUGAAUAUGAUAGUAAUCCAAUACCAGAAGUAAAAUGGUUUCGUAAUGGAUUAGAAUUAAUAACUGGUGGUCGUUGUCGUAUUACUACAAAUGCUGAUGAAUCUAAAUCGAUAUUAACAUUUACUGAAACAUGGGAAAGUGAUAAUAAUUCGAAGAUUUCAUGUGAAAUUAUUAAUCCACUUGGUAAAGAUAGUUGUGAAGCAAAUUUUCAUGUUAAAACACCACCGAAAAUUCCUCGUGAACCAGAUGAACAACGAGUUUCAUUGGGUGAUACAUUAAAAGUUAAAAUUCCAAUAAAUGGUAAAGGUCCAUUUACAUUUAAAUUAAAAAAAGAUGAUCAAUCAUUAAUUGACGAUGAUCGAGUACGUAUUCAAGAAUAUGAUGAUUAUAUUGCUGUUACAAUUCCUGAUAUUGAACGAAAUGAUGGUGGAAAAUAUUCACUUAAUAUUGCAAAUGAUUCCGGUUCAUGCAAUGUACCAUUAAAAGUUAAAGUCGUUGCUCCACCAGUUUCUCCAACAGGCCCACUUGAAAUAUCAAAUAUAUCGAAAGAUCAUGCAACAGUUUCUUGGAAACCACCAAAAGAUGAUGGUGGUAGUAAAAUAACUGGUUAUAUUGUUGAAAAACGUGAUACAUCAAAAGGAUCAGAUGCUUGGAUACCUGUUACACAAAAUUGUAAAGAUACAACAUUUACUAUUCCAUCAUUACUUGAUGGACAUGAAUAUGAUUUUCGUGUUAUGGCUAUGAAUGAAAAUGGUACAAGUGAACCAUUACGUUCAUCCUCAUCAAUAAUUGCUCAACUUCCAUUUAAACCACCUGGUUCACCUGGACAACCAGAUGUCAAUGAAAUAACAAAUAAUAGUGUUAA